GCUGUUCGCAACAGUCUUGCCCGAAAGCCACGAAAAAGCCGCCCAAGGAGUCCGGCGUCCCGCCCUCGGGGGAUGGGCUAGGUUUCCUCGCUCCGUGGCGGCCAUCGCUGCUCUAAGCUUCUCGCUCCGAUCUCUAUGGCAGUGCCCCUUCCGCCCCGCCCCCGCGCUGGCACGUGACGGGAGGGGCGUGGCCUGGAAGCGAUGGCGGCCGAGGGGGACGUCGAGCUCGAAUUGGAAGCGGAGCCGAAUGGCUCGGCGGGAGGCGGGGAGCGGCCGGCCGAGAAGCCGCGGAAGCACGACAGCGGAGCGGCCGACCUCGAGCGCGUCACCGACUAUGCGGAGGAGAAGGAGAUCCAAAGUUCCAACCUGGAAACGGCGAUGUCAGUGAUCGGAGACAGAAGAUCCAGAGAGCAGAAAGCAAAGCAGGAGAGGGAAAAAGAACUGGCCAAAGUCACAAUCAAGAAGGAAGAUUUGGAGUUGAUUAUGAAUGAGAUGGAGAUAUCCAGGGCGGCAGCAGAACGCAGCUUGCGAGAACACAUGGGGAACGUGGUGGAGGCACUGAUCACCCUCACAAACUGAGAGGCACCUGCUGGAUGGAAUUCUAGGGAGCAAGGGAAAGAAAUAGCCUCUCUCUGGCCUUUUCUGCACAGGUUCUGUGUCACAUGUGAUAUCUUUAACUACUGGAAUAAAGAUGCCAUUUUUUUGAA